AUGGCGAGUGAGUGCGGUGAAUUAGUAUAUAAAUUCUACAGAGCCCUAACUUAUGGUUUGUCGCCGUUAGUAUACCUACACCUACGGUGGCGCAAAUUUCGAGGCCGCGAACAUCCCCUCCGGUGGCGGGAACGUCUUGGCCGCCCCUCACUCAGCCGUCCUCCUGGCCCUCUUAUUUGGUUCCAUGCUGUCUCUUUAGGUGAAGGAAUGGCAGCUAUUCCUAUCAUAAAGUGCUGCGUGGAAAGGAUGCCUGAAGUUUCUGUCUUGAUGACGACCACAACUACUUCAGCAUUUGAAGUGAUAAAAAACCAGCUUCCGAGCGAUGUCAAAUAUCAGUUUGCUCCACUUGACUUACCUACCGCCGUGGAUGUUUUCCUUGGUUAUUGGAAGCCAAGUGCAAUCAUACUAUUGGAAAGUGAAUUGUGGCCAAAUCUCAUUAUGGGUGCCGCUAGGAAUGGUAUUGCAUUGACAUUGCUAAAUGGCAGAAUGUCCAAAAAAUCUUUUCAAAAUUGGUCUCAACCGGCAAUUCUUCCAUUGAUUAGAUUGAUGCUCUCAAAAUUUUCAUUGAUUCUCCCAUUGAGCACAAACCAAGGAAUUCACUUUCAGCUGUUGCAAGCUCCACCUUUCAUUAUCAACUUCUCGGGAGACCUAAAAUGUGCUAUUGAUGAUUGUGGCAUUCUUGAGGGAGAGAAGAGCAUUCUGGAAGAUUUACAGGUACAGCUUGCUCAUAGAAAGGUGUGGAUGGCUUCAUCCAUACACAAGGGUGAAGAGGAUGUUAUUCUAAGAGCUCACAAUGUGCUUAAACAAAUGCAUCAGGGUAUUGUCACUAUCAUUGUUCCACGGCAACCACAACAUGGGCAAGAGAUCGCUCUGAAAUUGCAGAAGGAAGGAGUUCUUGUGGCAUUAAGGUCUCGUCGUGAUAAGCUUACGCCUGGAACAAAUAUAUACAUCGUUGACUCAUUAGGCGAACUGAGAGACUUCUACAGAUUGACGCCAAUAGCUGUUGUGGGAGGGUCUUUCUUACAGGGUUCAGCUGGUCAUAAUAUAUCAGAAGCUGCUGCAGCUGGUUGUGCUGUUUUGACUGGUCAUGACAUAGGCCACUUCUCACAGAUGGCACUAGAAAUGCAACGUUUGAACCCUUUGUCAGUUCUGCAGAUUUCUGGAGAAAAGCUUGUAGAUGCUGUUAACGAGCUCUUCUGUAAUGACAAAAUUCUGGAAGAACGCCGUACAGCUGCAAAACAAGCAUAUCAUGCUUUGUCUAGGGGAGUUGUUGAAAAUGUAUGGCGGCAGUUGCACUUUCACAUUUUCAAUAGAUCCAUGCGAGGGAUGAAUGUCGUAGCGCGGAGAACCUAA